UGUUUUUCUCCCUCACCUUGUGACGUCGUUUCGGUUCGUUUGUUGUUUGUUCGUUUCGUUACUCAGUUGAAGCGUGAGUUCGACCGUUUUGGUGCCAUCAAAAAGAUCGAAUAUAACAAAGGGGACACCCAGGCCUACAUUCUGUACGAUUCUAUUGAUGCUGCUACGGCUGCUGUGAAGGAAAUGCGUGGAUUCCUGUUAGGGGCACCGGAUCGUCGUAUUCGUAUCGAUUUUGCUGACAACGGAACAACACCAUCGUUCUCAAAGCGCAGUGGAUGUUUUGAGGAAGGCGGUGAGUAUCGUCGCGCCCCCGACUACGAAUAUCCGGAAGGUGGUGCAUCAUACGAGGAAAAUUCAUUGUACGGCUAUGGUGGAAGACCGUUCCGCGGCAGAGGAGGAUUCCGCGGGCGUGGUGGUUUCCGUGGCAGUUUUCAUAGUGAUGGCCCACCGCACCACGGGGACAAUGAUGAAUGGCGUCGAUCAGGAGCCGAUGGCGAAUAUGAUUCACGCCGUCGUUCUGGAUCACGUGAACCAGGAAUCGAUAGAUCUCGCUCCCGUUCACCGAGGCAACGCAGUCCGGCUGAUUCGGAUUCUGAUUCGUCUUCUCAUAGGAAUGGCAUGUUAUCGAAUGCAAGAACGUUACCAGAAGUCGCACGGAAAUCUACCACAUUCUGGCAAGGGGCGCUGAUUUUGAAGAGUUCACUAUUCCCCACCAAGUUGCACCUAACGGACGGAAACAACGAAAUAGUGGACAGCCUGAUGAAGGACGAGGAAGGUAAACACCACCUUCGUAUUACUCAGCGACUACGCCUCGAUCAACCCAAGUUGGAAGAUGUGCAGUAGCGCAUAUCGACGUCAUCGUCGCACGCAAUCUUCCUCGGCCUGCCGGGAUCGACGUCAUCGGUAGCAUCGUCGGAUGAUGCCAGCGUUCAGACGCGUCCACUGCGUAAUCUCGUGUCCUACUUGAAGCAGAAAGAAGCGGCCGGCGUUAUAUCCUUACUCAAUAAGGAAACGGAAGCAACCGGUGUGCUCUACUCAUUCCCGCCAAGCGAUGUUUCGACAGAAUUGUUGAAACGAACAUGUCAAAACCUCACCGAGGAGGGACUGAAGGAAGACCAUCUGAUAAUCGUGGUGGUCCGAGGAGGAAUCGCCUGAGUUGCGGAUGAGGGCGCAGAUAACACAUAAGGAGUGAUCGGGGCAAUAUGGGCCACCUAAGGAAAUCGUUCCGAAAAGCGCUGAAAAGCUCAACAAAUCAUCAUCAGUUGGAAGAUGUGCAGAAGCGCAUAUCGACGUCAUCGUCGCACGCAAUCUUCCUCGGCCUGCCGGGAUCGACGUCAUCGGUAGCAUCGUCGGAUGAUGCCAGCGCUCAGACGCGUCCACUGCGUAAUCUCGUGUCCUACCUGAAGCAGAAAGAAGCGGCCGGCGUUAUAUCCUUACUCAAUAAGGAAACGGAAGCAACCGGUGUGCUCUACUCAUUCCCGCCAUGCGAUUUUUCGACAGAAUUGUUGAAACGAACAUGUCACAACCUCACCGAGGAGGGACUGAAGGAAGACCAUCUGGUAAUCGUGGUAGUCCGAGGAGGAACCGCCUGAGUUGCGGAUGAGGGCGCAGAUAACACAUAAGGUCAAUAAUUGCUGGUGAUGACGAGGCUUCAACGCUGGCGUUUGCCCUAAAGACAGCAUUGCCAGCGGACGUUAAUGUAGCUGCUCCAUAGCAUUAAUCGCAUCUCUUGAUCUCCAACCGGGUUCUCGAGUGCUGCGAUUCCUGAUUGGGCUUGAAUUACGGUGAUAGUCGUCCUUGUUGGUAGUAUCUUGGAUCGGACCCGAUGAUCUUGAGAAGCUUGACCAGAUCACGCAGCAGAUUUCGGAUUCGAUUCGCGGUUACUCAACUGGGAUUACUGAUCCACAUCUACGUCAACUAGCUGGAUUGGCAGGUUAUGAGUGAGUGCAACAUCCUGAGUGCAACAACUUUUCGGUAGUGACUUUGGUUUUGGUUCCGUGUUGAGGCACAAGAAAGUUCAAGUUCCGGAGGAAAUGGGCCACGCGCAACUCAUGUGGAUAAGGAACGUGCGCGCCUGGAGACCGCCUGUCCAGCUGUUUUCACGUACGGCCACAAUUCCUUCCUUGACCUGAAAACAGUUUUUAUUAAUAAUAAACCAAUAAAUCAUUAAUUUCAAAUUA